AUAAACAAAAUCCAGGGGAAGGAAAGCCUACAUCCAGCUUCUGUCUAUUGUUCCUGAUAUUGUCGCAAUUAUAUUACGAUUUGCUUUCUUCUGUUUUGUGUUUUUUUGCCAGCCUUCCUGGGAUCCUAGAAAUUGCAGCUGUUUCCUGAAGUGCUGCCUCUGUUAAUGUGAUCAUGUUCUCCAGACUCAACCUGCUCCUGCUACUCUCCAGUUGGUUAUCAAUGAUUCUGUUUCGCUCUGUCCGAGGAGCAGACUGCAAACCAGGCUGCAACCUGGGACAUGGGCGUUGCGAUGAGAAUGACAUUUGCAGGUGUGACCCAGGCUGGGAGGGGGAGCUCUGUGAUGACUGUGCCCGCAUGCCAGGCUGUGUCCAUGGGACAUGUCAGCAGCCCUGGCAAUGCAGCUGUGAAAGUGGCUGGACAGGGCGCUUCUGCGAUAGAGACAUUAACGUGUGUGCCAAUCAGCGCCCCUGUCAGAACGGUGCCACCUGCAUUGCUACUGAUGGGGAAUAUUCCUGCGUCUGUCCCAGUGGUUUUCAUGGCAAGGACUGUGAGCUGAAGUCAGGGCCCUGUCAGGAGGCCAGGUCCCCCUGUAAGAACGGAGGCUUGUGCACAGAUGACAAGGGUUACGCCGCUGAGCUGUCUUGCCGUUGCCUAGCAGGGUAUGUGGGCCCUCGCUGUGAGGUCAACGUGGACGACUGCUUGAUGCGCCCUUGUGCCAAUGGCGCCACCUGUCAUGACGGCAUCAACCGCUUCUCCUGUGAGUGCCAGGCUGGCUUCGAGGGGCGCUUUUGCACUGUCAACAUAAACGACUGCGCCAGCGAGCCCUGCCUCAACGGUGGCCGCUGCUUCGACCGUGUCAACCGAUUCGACUGCGUUUGCCCUCCAGGGUACACGGGGAGAACGUGCUCCGACCUCAUGGAGAAACCCAAGCAGGAAAUGAGAUCACAGAACUGGACCCCAAGGAGCUGGACCAGCAGCUACCCAAGGAUCACCCUGCCCCGGCCUGAGCACACUCUUGAUGGCGCCAGGUGGAACAUAUCGACCCCGUCGCACAAGAACCAGCCAAGCAGCACGCGCUUGCUCAAGAUCUCCGUGAAGGAAGUGGUGACCCAGCAGGGCGCUCUCCUCACCGAGGUCCAGUUGACUGUGCUGGUGGUCUUCGGAGCGCUCACUCUGGCUCUGGUGGGCCUCACAGUGGCUAUGGUGCUGAGGGGUCACUGGAGAGAGCGCUGCUCAAGGUGCCGCUGCGCCUCCCAGACAGACAGGAGGGUGAAGGCUGAUGAGGAAUUCAAGAUCAGCAUUUUACCCCACAGCGUGCCUGACUUGAAGAAGAAACUCAACACGGAGAUCAUUUAACAAAAAAAAAUAAACACGUCAACGUGCGCUAUCGCAAAGUUGAGGAUUUCAGCUGUGAGGAUUGAAUAGACCUUUGGUAUGGCCAAGUUCUGCAAGGAGGAAUGGUGGAGAUUUGCGUGGGGUCAACUGGAUACAAACAGUGAAAAUGGAAAAAAAAAAUAUCCCCACCUCCCCCCCAAACCCCAAUAUACAAGAACAGAUCUUCAUAGCAGAGACUAGCAGAUAAUUUUGCAGAUUGCUUGAAGCAGUAAAACAGAGUGCUUCUUUAGAGGAGCUAGUUUAUUUAAACAGGGUCAAAGUGAUUAGAUCUAGGAACUGUAAAAAGAAACCGUUUUCCACAUCAUAACAAAGGUAUGAUAUACAGUAGAACAGUUCUUAGGUCUUCAUGAAGAUGUAUAUCAAGCUAGAUCACAUUCUGGGGUAGACAUUGACAUAACAGAGACUUGGAAUGGACCCUGUUGAACAAUAUUAAAAGCAUCAGAAUGUCACACCCUAGUAAUGGGUUGGGAAUAUUUUUUUUAAAUAAUUUGUUUGUCCACAACAGCAGUUGAAAGUGCUGUACUUUACAACUAACCUGUAUACUGUAUGUAUCAGCUUGUAUUGGUUUACACUGGGUAUGUCUGGAAAUGGAUGUAGUGGGACCUUUAAGAUCCAAGUUAGAGAAAUGGACAAUGAAUUCUUGACCCUCUAAUCGAGAGGCACUUAUACCCCUACAGCAGGUGUGGGGCUGUUAGAGUUUAUCUUCUGAUAUUGUAGUUUGAAGAGCCAGUUUAAAGAACUGGCCUUAAAGCUAGAGAAUCGCAUAAAUCCACGAAAAGACACAUUUUAUUAGUAUUUUUUAUAGUGAGCGGUUUAUUUAUAUACAGUACAGUAGUUAAGCUUUAUACAAAAAGAAAACGGAUCCUUAGAUGGAUUACUUUUCUAAAUUAAUAUUGUCAGUUCUCAAUUAUUAUUCGAUUGUUUUCACAUCUUGCAUUACAGCAAUUGUGUUUUUUCACAUGUACAUGUAAUUUAUUUCAAUAAUUUAUAUGUGAAAU